CCUGCCCUCCGCCCCUUGUCGUGUGCCUUGCAGUUUUUGCGUGGGCAGCUCCUUAGUUAGUUUUUUUAGGUGUAGAAAUGCUGAUUAGAAGUUUAGAGCUGAUUCCUUUACUUUCUUUUAGUUGCUUUUCCUCAAAGUUCUGUUGGUAAACCACCGCCAUUCGUUUCCUUUAUUGUAGAAACACAGCAAGAUAUGAUUCCCCAUGAUGCCAUUGAUCUGCCACCAGCCCGAAGUGGCAUUGCUGAAAAUGAACAAGAAACACAGCAAGAUAUGAUUCCCCAUGAUGCCAUUGAUCUGCCACCAGCCCGAAGUGGCAUUGCUGAAAAUGAACAAGAAACACAGCAAGAUAUGAUUCCCCAUGAUGCCAUUGAUCUGCCACCAGCCCGAAGUGGCAUUGCUGAAAAUGAACAAGAAACACAGCAAGAUAUGAUUCCCCAUGAUGCCAUUGAUCUGCCACCAGCCCGAAGUGGCAUUGCUGAAAAUGAACAAGAAACACAGCAAGAUAUGAUUCCCCAUGAUGCCAUUGAUCUGCCACCAGCCCGAAGUGGCAUUGCUGAAAAUGAACAAGAAACACAGCAAGAUAUGAUUCCCCAUGAUGCCAUUGAUCUGCCACCAGCCCGAAGUGGCAUUGCUGAAAAUGAACAAGAAACACAGCAAGAUAUGAUUCCCCAUGAUGCCAUUGAUCUGCCACCAGCCCGAAGUGGCAUUGCUGAAAAUGAACAAGAAACACAGCAAGAUAUGAUUCCCCAUGAUGCCAUUGAUCUGCCACCAGCCCGAAGUGGCAUUGCUGAAAAUGAACAAGAAACACAGCAAGAUAUGAUUCCCCAUGAUGCCAUUGAUCUGCCACCAGCCCGAAGUGGCAUUGCUGAAAAUGAACAAGAAACACAGCAAGAUAUGAUUCCCCAUGAUGCCAUUGAUCUGCCACCAGCCCGAAGUGGCAUUGCUGAAAAUGAACAAGAAACACAGCAAGAUAUGAUUCCCCAUGAUGCCAUUGAUCUGCCACCAGCCCGAAGUGGCAUUGCUGAAAAUGAACAAGAAACACAGCAAGAUAUGAUUCCCCAUGAUGCCAUUGAUCUGCCACCAGCCCGAAGUGGCAUUGCUGAAAAUGAACAAGAAACACAGCAAGAUAUGAUUCCCCAUGAUGCCAUUGAUCUGCCACCAGCCCGAAGUGGCAUUGCUGAAAAUGAACAAGAAACACAGCAAGAUAUGAUUCCCCAUGAUGCCAUUGAUCUGCCACCAGCCCGAAGUGGCAUUGCUGAAAAUGAACAAGAAACACAGCAAGAUAUGAUUCCCCAUGAUGCCAUUGAUCUGCCACCAGCCCGAAGUGGCAUUGCUGAAAAUGAACAAGAAACACAUCAAGAUAUGAUUCCCCAUGAUGCCAUUGAUCUGCCACCAGCCCGAAGUGGCAUUGCUGAAAAUGAACAAGAAACACAGCAAGAUAUGAUUCCCCAUGAUGCCAUUGAUCUGCCACCAGCCCGAAGUGGCAUUGCUGAAAAUGAACAAGAAACACAGCAAGAUAUGAUUCCCCAUGAUGCCAUUGAUCUGCCACCAGCCCGAAGUGGCAUUGCUGAAAAUGAACAAGAAACACAGCAAGAUAUGAUUCCCCAUGAUGCCAUUGAUCUGCCACCAGCCCGAAGUGGCAUUGCUGAAAAUGAACAAGAAACACAGCAAGAUAUGAUUCCCCAUGAUGCCAUUGAUCUGCCACCAGCCCGAAGUGGCAUUGCUGAAAAGGAACAAGAAACACAGCAAGAUAUGAUUCUCCAUGAUGCCAUUGAUCUGCCACCAGCCCGAAGUGGCAUUGCUGAAAAUGAACAAGAAACACAGCAAGAUAUGAUUCCCCAUGAUGCCAUUGAUCUGCCACCAGCCCGAAGUGGCAUUGCUGAAAAUGAACAAGAUGCAAAAAUUCAACCUCCAGUUCCAGAAGCUACUGGUGCACAGCGGGGUGUGCCUGAUCAAGCCCGAGAUUUUGGUCUCCCCCUGGCUCUUAGAGCAGUCCCAAGGCCCGCUGCUCUGAAGUUCGUGGAUCCUCCGGUUCACAAGGACAUUAAAGGGAAGGCUCGGAACGGCAAGAAUUGCCGGCGUGAACGGAAGGAGAAGAGCGCCGAAAAAGGCAAGUAUGGCUAGUGUACUGUAGAGCAUUGGAUGUGGCGGCUGCGCCGAUGAUGGGCUCCUAUUUGCGAUUUCUCUGUCAGUCUACUACUGGAAUACUAAUGCUCUGGUGCAGACUAUUGAAUACUAAUGCGUUGGCUAGACUUUUUU